AAUACCCCAGUUUGUUAUCUUUCGAGUCUUCGUGGCCCAAUUCCUAAUAUAAAGAGUGUUGCGUCAGGCGAUUAUGUCACUGUCAAAAUUCCCGUGGGAUGGACGAACACAAGAAAAAAUUUCUGGGACUGGGUGUUUACACACCCGUCUGGCUGUUCUACUACUACGUCUCCAAACAGUACGAUUACGUCUACAGUAACAAUUCAUCAAACUAUGAGGCUUUCGUUAAUUUGAAACGCUUUGGAAGCUUCUAUUUCACCGGCUGGAAUUUUUCGGCUCAAGUUUAUUUUCUGGUUAUUGCAAUCCUAGACGAAUUGGCGCAUUUGCUAGGAAUCCCCCAAAGUGUGGAUAAAUAUUUCGGGCUAGUUCGCCACUACCUUUUCACUGCCAUUGUCUUCCCCUGUUCCAUGAUGGUUUCAGUCAUGUUCUGGGGCCUGUAUUUCGUAGACCGCGAGCUGGUUUUUCCCCGAACUUUGGACGAAUUUUACCCGUCAUGGAUGACCCACAGUGUUCACUCUUUUAUUAUUCUACCCAUCGUGACCGAAAUUAAUCUUCCAAAAAAACACGGUUACGAAAUUACCGAUUUCAAUCACGCCUUUCCCGUGCUCACAGCUUUUAUUGUCUCGUACGAAAUCACAUUAUUAACCAUUUAUUUCGUAUACGGGGUCUGGUUGUACCCCAUUUUUAAAUACUUGACGUGGCUGCAAAGACUUUCUUUUCUGGUAAUCGUUUAUGCGAUUACAGUUUUGCUCCUCUAUUUGGGAAUUUUGAUCCAAAAUUUGAAAAAACCAAAGAAAGUCAAGAUUGGAGACGGGGUUUAAAGUUUUGUAUUUAUUAAAUAAAGUUUUUACUUUAAGAUGUGA